CGUGUUGCCCAAUGUUGAAGGGUGCCGUGAUGCACUUGCUGUCAGUCUCUCCUCCCAUGAUGCAGUCCUCACUUCUUUCUUCUCUUCCGCAAGUCUCUUCAUCGUUGAUACCCUUCAUUCUCUUGUCUACCAGGCCGUACCAUUGCUCUGUCUCUAUUUAAAAGAAAAGAAGAAAGUGCCACCAUGACCAAAACAAUCUCCUCUCUUGUGCUUCUAUUGCUGGCCUUGUUCCAACUGAGCCAUUCGUUUACCCUGCAACCGGCUGCAGUUCCCCGACAAACUCGUCUGUUUUCCGACAAGGACAAGGACGGAGGCGCUGCCAUUGCCAAGCCCAAGAUUGGACAAAAGACGGCCGUCGAAGUCCAAACCAAACAAAAAGUCAGAAUCGUGCAAAGGGCCAAACCCGCCGAACCCGUUCAACGACGAGAAGAAAAAUUUGAAGACGCUCCCAUGUUCAAACUCAUGCUCAUUGGAGAUGACGGAUACGAUGUCACGCAUGUCGUGGAACGAUUGUGUGCCAUUGUCGAUGAUAUGGACGAAGAUCAGGCGGCCAAUGUCGUGCAACAAGCCGAUCAAGAAGGAAAGGCCAUGUGUGGAAAAUACCCCUUUGAACGAGCCGAACUCUUCAAGGAACAAUUGCAACGAUCGGAUCCCAUGAUCUUUAGUGAUUUGGAAGAUGAAAACAAAUAAAUAACAUGAGCACGCAUCAAUGAAGGAACGAAUGAAGGAAACACUACAACAAAUUAGUAUAAUAUAUAGAUUGUAAAGAACCAGUAGGGACAAAAGUCAUCAAUCAAGCAAUCAGUGAAAGGUGAAAGCAAACAACUGGCAGAAGUCUCAGGUCUCAGAGCAAACAAUAACCUCUGAACUGGCCAAAACCCUUCUCAAACUUCCAACUAAAAAUAUCUAGCAUUUUACUCUU